GCCUUUUUGCAAUCUUUCAAGCAUCCUUGUGAAUGUGCGAGCUCAUGCAGCCAGGCUGGCGUCGAAACUAUGUCGCUGAGACUGCUGCAGAAGGCAACCAGCGAUGCUCCAAAAGGCAAAGGCAAGGCAAAGGGUGGGCGCCGGCAAUCGAUGAGCCUGCAGCAAUUCCAUCAGCAGACUCCGGCAGAGACAGUGAGCCACAGACCAGCCUGGGGCAAAGGUGUCUCUAUGCGGACUUCUACAUGGGCAGCAGAGGAUCCGACGCCCACAGGUGCAAGACAUUUUCAGUCAGCAGGCUCCCAGGCGAGAACAACGUCUUCUGCAUGGGUUAGAGGCCCACCCUCUUCGGCUAUAGACACCUUGUGGGACGCAGCACCAAUGGUUGAAGAGUUGUCCGAGGAUGUUUGGCAAACUCCGGGUGCUGCUGAAGCACCACCUUGGGAGGAACUUAGUGCAGAGGUUGCAGGACAACAAGAACCUGUGGGAGUCUUGGAAGAGGCUGAUGCAACAGUGUUUGCAGCUGAAACUUCACAGCCGCCAGAAACAAUGUCGAAGGAUGCGACUCAGAUGGAUGCAGAAGAGACUGCCGCUCAAAAGGACGCAGAAGCUGGUGAUGAGGAUGGGCUUUGGCUAGACAUCCGGGCCUGGUUGAAGCACUUGAACCUUUUGGAACAUCAGGAGGCCAUCUAUUCCUGGUGUGAAGUAAUGGGAGCAGCGUCUUUGGAAGAGGUCAUCGAGUGCAUCGAUGACUUGCUUGAAGCUGUGCCCAUGAAGGCUUUGCAGGCAAAGCGUUUGCAAAGCAAAGCACAGGAAUCCUUGGAAGUUGUGCGAGCGGAAGAGGCUGAAGGCGCAGGUGGAGGAACAUCCGAGGCUAUACCCGAAAGUUCAGGAGGCGCUGGAACAAAUGGCACCAGCCACCAUGCUGAUGAUGCUCCUCCCAAAUCUUCUGGAGCAGCCAGGGUUCAAAGCUUCUACAAAAGCUUAGCAACAUUGGAUGAUGAGAGCCCUUACUUGAAGCAGAGACCGACUGAGAAAGCCACAUGGGUGCCUACAGUCAAAGCUGCUUCGCAAGGAGGGCGCAAACGUCAACAGAAGGAGCGAUCCAAAGGGGUCGAGCAGGCCAAGUCCACUGAAGACUUGGAAGAACAGCGGAAGCGCGAAGAGGCACAACGGCUUCUGGAACAGCAGCUUCGAGAGGAGCAGGAGAAGAAGCUGGCAGACGCUAGAGAACUUAUCGUAGCUGCGUUGGAGCGCCACGAUUCUCAGGCGUUUUCCUCUGCAGUGGCGAAUGCCAAGGAGGUUGGCCUGCCUGCAGCUGAAGUGAAAGAGGCAGAGCAGCAGCUGAACUUGGCACUUCAAAGGAGGCUUCAGAAGCGAAACGAUGCUUUGUGUGCUCUCCAAGCCAUGCUGGAAGCUCCAAAGGACGAGCGCUUUGGGCCUGCAGUUCGCAACGCAUUUGAAGAGGCACAGGCAGAGGGCGCAAUCGAGCACCUGCUUGGUGGAGCUGCAGCUGAGUUGGCUACAAGAAAGGCUCUACAGGAGUGGGAGCUGGCCGAGCAACAGAGGGAAGACUCCCGGAUGGCUUUGCAGUUUGCUUUGCGGCAAAGCCAAGUGGAAACUCUGCAGGUUGCGUUGAGCGAAGCGAAGAAGGCAGGCCUGGCAGACGACUGCGGCCUCAUGGCCGAGGCAGCAACGCUGUUGCAGGCAUUGCUAGAGAAGGAGAAGAAGGAAGCUGAGGCGAAGCAGAAGUUGCAAAAGGCCUUGGCUGAACAGGACUUGGUGCUUUUAGAAGAGGCGGUGCUCCUUUGCAAAGAGCUGCACUUGCCCCUCCGAGGUGCUGAUGAAACCUUGCGGAAGUGGAGGAUUGAGGCAGCUGAAAAGCAAGCAGCUGAACAAAGACUUCAGGCUGCCUUUGAGGCUGAAGACCCAUGUGAAGUGAGAGAGGCUAUCGCGCAUGCCAGGUCGAAGCUGGAGUCCACAGUACUUCAAGCUGCUGAGGAUAAAGUGGCUGCCAUGGAGGCGUUGGCCAAACGCCGCGAGAUGGCAUACGCUGAGUUGUGCUUGGCCUGCAAUGCUCGAGACACCCGACGACUCCAAACCGGUUUGGAUGCUGCAAAGAAGGUGGGACUACCUGCUGAACGGUUGCAGGAUGCUGAGGAUGCCUUGCAGGAGCUGCAGGAUCAGGAAGCAAUACGCCAGAGAUUGUGCGAAAUGGUGAACCAGGCCAUUCAGCAGCGCGAGCUGUCAGGGCUGAAGCAGGCCUUGCUGGAGGCGCAGAGUGAGCUGCUUGGUGAGGAGCCUGUGAUGCAAAAGGCUGAGCAAAUCUGCGUGGAGUUGGAAGAGGAGGCCAGACGCCAAGCCGAAGCCGCCCUGCGGAGGAGGUCUGCAGAAGCUCUCGUUGCAGCGGUUGAUGCUGGGGACUGGGACCGAAUCCAGCAGGCACUUGAAGAGGGACUUGCAGCUGGCUUGGCCGAGGAGGGAGCACCAGUUCGUGCUGCUCAAGCAAAGUUGGAAAGCUUGCGAGAGGCCCACGAGCAGCAGGAAGCUCAGCUCAUCGUGCAAGAAACACAGGCACGCUUGGAGGAACUUUGUGCUGUUGAAGGAAGGCUCUCAGGGCCCAGCCACAAGAAAGAGCGCUCUGCGAUCGGCAAGGAGAUCAUGAAGCUUCGGGACAGCGAAGCUUAUAUCUCUGCAAGAAACUUCCUCAAAAACCCGCAGCAGGAGCGCCAGCGUCGAGAAGAGCAGAGGCUUGAGAUUGAGAAGCGAGCGGCGGAAGAGAAGGAGCGUCGAAGGCGCAGAGCUGAGCAAGCACCACAAGAGCUGGCAAUGGCUCUGGAGGCAGGUGACGAAGAUGCCCUCCGUGCAUUGCUGGUGGAGGCAGAGUUGGCUUCGUCAGAUGCACAAGCGGCGGAAGGCUUUCUCGCAGAGUGUGAAGAAAAAAGGCGUAGGGCCGAGCGUGACGGAGCUUUGCUGGAGUUUUGCUUCGCAAACUUGGACAGACGUGCUUUCUUCCAGGCAUCUGUCACGCUGGUGGCUUUCUUCACCGACCAGUACUUGAUGCAUGAGGGGAGCGACUUCAAGCUGAAGGUGGUGAACGCAGCCCACUCCGUACUGGUGGCAUUUCGCAGCAAAGAAUACGCCGAGGCAGUGAAAGCAACAGCUGUGGCACUUGCCCAACAGUCUAUCUCUCUAGCCGAAAGUGCUGUCGUGGCAGAAGCCUCCAUCAGAGGUGCUGUGGACUUCAGCUCUCAGGCGGAGGAACUGCUGGUGAGUGUUCGCCAAGACGCAGAGGCAAACGGAAGGGUAGUGCGCAGAAAGAGUUUGCAAAAACCUAUUCUACUAACAUCGUGGAAGGCCCUGAAAUCUCGGCCUGCGCGGCCUGAGUGUGAUGAAGCUAUUCAGGCCGCAGCGGCUCGUUCUAGGGGUGAAGGAAGGCAGCUGUCGUGCAAAGCGUCCGCUUUGUUGCGGGCGACCUCUACAACCACUGCGGAGGACUCGCGGCGGCCGAGGGACACGCCUCCUUCAGGUGCAACGAGAACAAGUGAACGCGGUGGCCUCUACACUGGCAAAGGUUGGGAAAUUGCUUGACCUUUUGAUCUUUUUGUGAUAUAUAUAUAUAUUAUCUAUAGCAAGAAACAUCAAUAAACUCAUUGCAGGGAAAGGAAAGGUAUUUGGUAGUAGUCCUGGCCUCGAUGUUUCCCAGACUUGAACAACACCAGGCAAGAUGUGCAAAAUAUCUGGCUUUGCAGACUGAAUAAAUGCCGUUGUUGUCGCAAGCUAUUGCAGCUAUUGGGUCUCUACAUUAUGAGCUUUGCGUUUUCUGUCAUCAGUUUGUCCCUUUCGCCUUGCAAGUAGUGCAACAUAAUAUACGUUGAAGUUGAACAGCCCUGUGCUACUGAAGUCCCAGUUUGGCUUCCGCAGUCUCCACAUUCAAACGAAGAUGAAUCGCUUAAAUUGUUGAAGCCCAGGUUCCGCUGAUCCAGAUGUUUCUGGGCUUAUUAAUAUACUUAUUUUGAGGGCAGACACCGCUGGCAAAGCGUCCUCCAAGAGGAUUUAAGAGGAUUUUGUUUGACACUUUCUCAAGAUGUGUUUCAAGAAGAGAUGGCAGCGGCAACUCUUGACAUGCAACCAGCACAUCAAGCAGCUGUGAGGUCUUUAAGAUUCCGAAAAGUUCUGCGGUGCUGCAGAAAGAUCCUGGGAAGGCAAAGACCUUUCAAGAGGAUUUAAGGCGUGGGAAGUUGGUUCAGAUCUGGGCCGGGCUAAGGCGUACCAUCCGAUGUUGUUUCAUGCUCGACAUGUUUUCCCGUGUUUCGAUGCAUCGGUGGUGAGACGAUAUACUGUAGUUCUUUAUAUAUAUACUGUAGUAGUUUUCUGUCGUUGGCAACCAUGCAAGGGACAAAGGUUUCUCCGCAAUGUUUUUGCGUCAAGAACGACAACGUUGAAGCUUCAGCCAUGGGCAAGAAGAGAAGUAGGUCAUCCAGCUCUUCUGAUUCUUCGUCCUCUUCAGAGGAUAAAAAGAAAAAGGACAAGAAGAAGAAGAAGGAAAAGAGGGACAAAAAGAAGAAAAAGGAAAAGAAGAAGGACAAAGAAAAGAAGGAGAAAAAGGAAAAGACAUUGCCCUUGGUGACACCAAUGGUUCCCAGAUUGAGUGCAGCAGAGGAGCGAGAGCGCCUUCUUCGGGCCAAAGCGCCCGUUGCAACACAAGAGGCCUCAGAAGCAGCCCGGUUCGAUCAGGCUAAGGCACGUCUUGAAGCGUUGAGGGCACAGCAGCAAAAGCCUGAAAAAAGUGUGCCUUACUCGGUGCGAAAGCCAAACUGGUGAGAACUGGCUUGCUUGUACGUUGCUCAAAGCAAUCACGAGAAGAUCAACACCUUUGAGAUCGAGACUGGAGUUCCACAGGGUUCGAACUGUAGAUUUUGAAGGUCUUUGGCUGGAUGAGAUUGAUUUGGCCAGACAAGUGGCGGACCGGUAUCGACAGCGGAGAAAUGCAGAGCACUCACAGCAGAGCAAUCUUGUCAGGGUUUGCAACUUGUUUAGGGUGCUGCCUCACUUGUGUAUUUUUCACCCAGUGAUUGCUGCCUCAGCCCAGCAGCGCCUAGCGCCAUUAGUGAGAAAAGGCUUUGAUCAUGGUGUGCACGUGGUUGUCACCAUCAUGAAACUUGUUCUGAGAAUAACAUAAGCAACCAGGGCAUGAUGAAUACCUUCUGUCGUUG